UCGAAAAGGCUAGAGAAGAGUAGAAGACCGGAUUCCGCUAAAACCCUCGACAGAAAUAAAAACACGAAGCCAGAAUAAGAAGAAGAAGAAGAGGAUGGAGUUGCAGUCAGCUUGUUGUAGGCUUCACGCCCCAAACAUCAGAUUAUCUUCUAAUCAACGUUCGCUUUCUCCUCAAACUGUUUCUCCUUCGUUCUCUGUCUGUUCCGAGACAUCUAGAAGUCAUAUCGGGUUCAAGGACCGAACACUUUGGCUCCAAAAUGCAUACAAAUUUAAUUUGCUUGGUGGUUUGAAGAGGACAAGAAGGGACUCUUCUGGUUGGAGCUUCAGUAAAGGAGGAAUUGUUGUAUGUGUUUUCAAUUCUAAUCAGGACGGGAAGUUGAAUUUCUCAGGAAAGGACGUGACGAAGUUGCGUGUAAAUGGGGUUGAUGAACCGGAACCUUUUCGUGGUAAAUCAGGUUCUGUGUCAUUUCAUGGUUUGACUCACCAGUUGGUUGAAGAAGGUAAAUUGGUAUCGGCCCCUUUCAAGGAAAGUACUGGCUCCUUUCUCUGGAUUUUGGCUCCUGUUGCGUUGAUUUCGUCGUUGGUGCUUCCACAGUUUUUUCUUAUCGCAGCAAUAGAUGCCUUUGCCAAGGAUGAGAUUCUCUCAGGUACAUAAUAUUAGUUCUGAUGU